UUUUACAGUUAUGACCUCUUUUAAAUUGGAUUUUCUCCCAGAGAUGUUGGUUGAUCAUCACUCUUUGGACAAUAGUCCUGUCAGGAAGAAGAUGAAUGGAUCUCUGGAUCAUCCAGAUCAACCAGAUAUUGAUGCUAUUAAGAUGUUUGUGGGACAAAUCCCACGGUCAUGGUCUGAAGAGCAGCUCCGUGAGCUGUUUGAACCCUUUGGAUCAGUCUACGAGAUUAAUGUCUUACGAGACCGGAGCCAAAACCCACCACAGAGCAAAGGUUGUUGUUUUGUAACAUAUUAUACUCGUAAAUCAGCCUUGGAAGCACAGAAUUCUCUACACAACUUGAAGAUCCUGCCUAUGAUGCAUCACCCCAUCCAGAUGAAGCCGGCAGACAGUGAAAAAAGCAACGCAGUAGAGGACAGAAAACUUUUUAUUGGAAUGAUCUCCAAGAAGUGCAAUGAAAACGACAUCCGACUGAUGUUCUCUCCAUAUGGCCAGAUAGAAGAAUGUCGGAUACUUCGAGGCCCUAAUGGGCUCAGCCGUGGAUGCGCAUUUGUAACAUUUACAGGUCGACAAAUGGCCCAGUCUGCUAUCAAGUCAAUGCACCAGUCACAGACUCUGGAGGGUUGUUCAUCACCCAUUGUAGUGAAAUUUGCAGAUACUCAGAAGGACAAAGAGCAGAAACGCCUGGCUCAACAGGUGCAGCAGCAGAUGCAGCAACUCAGUGCCACUUCCAUGUGGGGAAAUUUAUCUGGUUUCCACAAUCUUGGACCACAGUUCCUUGCAGUGAGUCUCUACUUACAGUUGUUGCAGCAGUCUACCUUCACAGGAAAUGCACUCAGCAAUUUACACCAAGUUUCAGGUCUGAAUUCCAUGCAGAAUCUGGCAGCUUUAGCUGCUGCAGCAACAGCUACACAAGGCACAACUUCAACUUCCAACAUCAUGACGACAUCUAAUAGUCCAUUAAGUGCUCUAGCCGGCUCAGGCAUGGCAACAAUAAAUGGCAACUUUUCUUCUGGUGGCUUGUCUCAUGGCUCAGGUAAUACAGCGGAGGCGCUGAGCCAAGCCUACUCAGGUAUUCAGCAGUAUGCAGCUGCUGCCCUACCCAACUUCUAUAAUCAGAGCCUGCUAUCCCAGCAAAACGUGUCAGCUGCUGGAAGCCAAAAGGAAGGCCCAGAGGGAGCAAACCUUUUCAUUUAUCACCUGCCUCAGGAGUUUGGAGACCAGGAUCUGCUGCAGAUGUUUUUACCUUUUGGAAACGUGAUCUCAGCAAAGAUUUUCAUUGACAAACAGACCAACCUUAGCAAAUGUUUUGGAUUUGUGAGCUAUGAUAACCCAGUGUCAUCACAAGCGGCCAUCCAAUCAAUGAACGGUUUCCAGAUCGGUAUGAAAAGACUGAAGGUCCAACUAAAGCGUUCAAAGAAUGAUAGUAAGCCUUACUAGCAUUGUUAAGGCCUAUAAAACAAAUUGUGGAAAUGAAUGAAAAACUAUUUAUUUGGCAUUUACUGUACAAAAUCAUCACUAUAUAGCUCUGAAAGCUUGCUGUGCUGUGAAAGUACAUUCUUUUUUAUACAACAGACAUUAUCAUAGUUUCUAUACUAAACUGAUGGUCAUGUUUUGUAGAAAUGUCUUGCUGGUUUUUAGUUUUUAAGUUUUGUCUAGUUUUUAAGUCAAAUACAUAAUGUGUUACACAAUGAUUUUUUUUCUGUUUUAUCUGUUGUCAGUGAACUGAUAAGUUUCUCAAUAGCAAACUAUUCAUAAAAUUCACUUUUUCCCUUUGUAUAGUAGUUAAAUAAUUUACAUUAGGUAUUAUUGAAUGAGGUUUGUUUUAUGUA